GUCGAAGACACCCUCUUUCGGUUUCCAAAGCAUCACUUGAUGGAAAGAUCAGAAGCCUUCAGGUCGAUGUUGUCUAUGCCACAAGGAAGCAACGAACCUGAGGGUUUCAGUGACGACCGGCCCAUCAAGCUCUCAGGUAUCAGUAAAGUCGAGUUUGAACGGCUUCUUCAGGUCCUCCACCCAAAGCCAAAAGGUUACAGAGACGCGCAGAAACAACCACAUCUAUCACUGAAUGCGUGGCUUUCCGUUAUAAAGCUAUCCAGCUUAUGAUGGUUAGCGGGUACGCGACAUAUCGCCAUCUCCCGUUUGACGACGCUUCUGUGCAAGACAGAUCCGGUGGAUAGAGUCAUCCUUGGCAGAAAGUACUCGGUGGCGCAAUGGCUUUCUUCCGGAUUCAUGGAUCUAGUGCAUCGCGUAGAGCUGGUGUCUCCGGAGGAGGCGGAAAAGAUUGGCUUGGACACGGCACUUGAGAUUCAGCGUGUGCGGGAGCGCUUUCUCCGGUCUGCCUAUGAUAGGGUCGAAAGGUCAAAUAAUCUCUGGAUCGAAGUCCAUGGGCCAUCAUUUGAUCCGGACCAGGUGAAGAAUGCGAUAGAAAACGCGUUUAAGAAGGUGUUGGAGGGUGUUGAAGCCGAUGGGUCGUUGUUUUACGAGUAGUUCAAUAUUGUAAGAUAAGUAAGGAGAUGUCUUCAAUGUCAGAGUUGGAGGGAAUCUGAUUUGUG